AUGAAUAUUAUCUACUCAAUAGAUUAUGGGAGAGUAUGCAUAAUCAAGGCCUUGUACCCCUCCACCGACUUCACAAGGUCCGUGACCGUAACAAAUUCUGCGUUACCGUGCGCUGUGAGAAUUCUGCUAACCAUCAGCCUCCACCUUCAGAGCAUGCCGUACACAAAUGGUACUCACGAUCCGGGACCAUAAAGGUAUCUCUUAUGACUCCCCUUCAAAUUCGGGAUAUCCGUUCCAUA